AUGUCGACUACUGUCUUGAUUACUGGAGCUACCGGCUUGCUGGGCCGUCAGGUUUUCAAUACAUUCAAGCAUUCUGGCUGCUUUGUUGUCGGUCAAGGCUACUCUAGAGCUACCCCGCCCACGAUUCUCAGGGCGGAUCUGGAGAAACCGGAGGAUAUUAAGAAUUUGUUGGAUGAAGCAAAACCUCAGAUUGUUAUCCAUUGCGCUGCGAACCGAUUUCCGGAUCUGUGUGAUAAGAAUCCCGAGCAAGCUCGUCGGGUCAAUGUCGAUGCCACCCGUACCCUUGCAGAAGAGACCUCUUCUCGAAAAGCAUUGCUGGUCUACAUCUCAACCGAUUAUGUCUUCUCCGGAAAGGAGGGAGAGGCUCCUUACGAGGUCGACGCAGAGCCCUCCCCGACGAAUUACUACGGUCAGCUUAAGCGAGACGGCGAAAUCGCGGUUCUAGAAGCCACAAAGGAAACCGGUUUAGGGCUUAUUCUCCGUGUGCCACUGCUGUAUGGUACUGCUCAGAAUAACUCCGAGAGCGCCGUGAAUACUCUGAUCGAUGCUGUCUGGAAGGCUCAGGAUGAGAACGCGGGUGUGAAGAUGGACGACUGGGCGCAGCGCUACCCGACAAACACCGAGGAUGUAGCUCGUGUGUGCCGUGACGUCGUCGUCAAAUAUCUCAAAGCACGGUCACGGAUUCAUGAACUCCCCAAGAUUCUGCAUUUCUCGUCGGAAGAUCGGAUGACCAAGUACGAAAUCUGCGAGAAACUUGCGGAGGUACUUGGUCUUUCCCUGGUAGGGAUGAUCAGGAACAAGCAAGGAAAUGAUCCAAACGCAUCCGUACAGAGGCCUUAUGAUACUCAUCUCUCAACCAAGGUGCUAAAGGAUUUGGGCAUUGACGUUCAGACGACUGAUUUCGUCGCAUGGUGGCGGAAGCAUUUGGGGGCAUAUAAGAAAUGA